UGCAAGCAAUAUUGUGACGUCACUGAGGGUUUGACGUACGCGUCAAGAAGAUUUUCAAAACAAGCGAGAAGAACACCAUAAAGAUGGCAUCAAAUUUGGAACAAAUGUCAUUUCUGAAGAGACCACCGUUUCCCGGACGAAUGGUGAAACCUCGCUUAAAAUCCAGAGUAAUCCCUUCUAUGACUGAACUGCAGGUAAAAAAUUAUCUUAUUCAAAACCCAAAAGUCUUCGAACAAUUUGUGUUGGAGUCUGUUCCUGAAUCGAAAUUGGAAGACUUGUUAAAAGUCAAACGAGAGCGUCCAAGGAAACCAGCCAUUGGCGAGCACCCUAUCGCUUUGCAGUCUCUUUAUCUAAGGAACAGUGUUAUUGAAAUAGCAGAAGUCUUAACGAACAGUUACGACGAUGAGGAACAGCAGAGACGCAUGGAAGAAACGGCACACGUUCUGGGACGCGCCGUGGACGCUAACGAUAUGGCGUUCUACGUGCCGACACACAACGAAACCAUGUUGUCUCUUUAUCAACACGGGGAGUUGGUUCCGUGUGGUCCUGUGGGGAAAAAUCUUACCGUGGCUGCUUAUGCUGUGUCCGAGAGGAAAACCAUACUGGUGAAGGAUUUGGAAAUGGACUCCAGGUUUCCAAAAGGAAUAAGCCCCAAACCAAUGCGGGACUGUAGCGUGUUAUGUGUACCCGUGGUGCUCCCCAGCGCGGACACAGUGGGGGUACUAGAGUUUACCCGGGACCACCUCAAGCCGCCCUUCUGUGAAGGCGACAUUCAGCUGAUCCAUGCGGUGGUAUCUUGGAUGGCGGCCUGCAUACACGAAAACGGUCUGAAGAGGAUACUCGACACUCAACACGAGCUGAACGAGUUCCUCCUGGAGAUCACCAAGGACCUGUUCAAAGAGAUCACCUGUGUUGACCGAGUGGCCAACACCAUUCUCCACUUCACCAAAGAUCUCCUGCACGCCGACCGUUGUUCUAUGUAUUUGGUUGAGGAGGAGCAGUCCAAGCUGUACGUGGCCUAUGAGGACACGGGAACUGUGGAUGCGAACGGGAAAGACGUGUAUGACAAGAAAAGGGUACACGAUCUUCACGCUGUGGAUAUUAUUGCAUGGGAAGCCAUCGAAAACGGAAAGACUGUCAACAUUUACGAUGCGUACGAAGAUGAGAGAUUUGAUCAGGAAUCUGACACAAAAUUGGGAUAUCACACCAAACAGAUUCUCUGUAUGCCUAUUCGCAAUAGGGAACAAGUCUAUGGCGUCAUUAAAAUCAUCAAUUGUCUCCAUCACGAUCGCUUCACCCAUGCAGACGAGGAAUAUUUCAGUCUGUUUUCCGAUUACUGUGCUCUAGCUCUCCACUACAGUAAAAUCUACAGUUUAUUGUACCAACAACAAAACAUCUACAAAGUGGCGGUCGAUGUUUUGCAGUACCAUAUCGUCUGCAACGAAGAUGAAGUGAUGUCACUUCAAGAGACCCCUUACAUCGAAGACGAGGCUAUCCCAGAAAACUUCUUUUCUCCGGAAUUUUAUGCGUAUUAUCACGUUGAACGACUUCCUCAACUUUUCAUCUAUAUCGCAACAGAUCUUUUUGGCGAGGACACUUUCGAAAUGGAGAAGCUGUGUCGUUUUAUUCUUACGGUGAGGAAAAAUUACCGUUCCGUCACAUAUCACAACUGGGAACACGGCUUUCAUGUCGCACAUGCGCUCUGGUUGAUGAUGAAGGCAAAUGACGACAUCUUCACCAAAUUUGAAAAGAUGGCGUUGAUAAUUGGUGGCAUCUGUCACGAUCUGGACCACAGGGGCUACAACAACGACUUCUUCCGAAAGUUUGAUCUCCCCCUGGCGGCCCUUUACUCAACCUCAGUAAUGGAACAGCAUCAUUACAAACAGACAAUAACAAUUCUGCAUACUGAUGGGCAGGAUAUUUUCUCGUUUCUUAACGGUCCUCAGUAUAAAGAAAUGUUGGAACUUCUUCGUGAACAUAUCAUUUCCACAGAUCUCGCGUUGUAUUUCCCAAACCAGAAAGAGGCCUCAAAACGUCUGGAGGAAGGGACCUUCGAUAUGAAUGACCAUGCGUCGCGCUCCUGUUGUAAGGCCCUCAUGAUGACUGCCGCCGACCUGUGUGCAGUGUCCAAACCGUGGAUCACACAAGAAGAAACAGUCGAUCGGUUAUACAACGAAUUCUACAUGCAAGGAGACGAGGAAAAGAAGAGAGGCAUUACCCCGAUACCCAUGAUGGAUCGAGAAAACAGCAAGGACCAGCCGAAGCAACAGGUUGGGUUCAUAAACUUCAUUUGCAUUCCCCUUUAUCAAACACUGUCACAGAUUCUGGAUGGUGUUCAUCAUUACCUUGUUGGUUGUGAGGAGAAUAUGGAGAUGUGGAAACUUCUGGCGGAACAGAGAGCCUAAGUUUGUCUUUUGCAAUAGGAGAACUAAAACCGUCCUCAUUUUUAGCAUAAUUUAUUUUACUUUGAAGUAUUUAUUUCUACUUAUUUUAUAUUUAGCUGUUUACAUUUUUACAUAAUAAACGGUCAAUGCUUUAAGAAGUUGUUC